AGAAGCAGAAAGAUUUAUGUUACCAAAAGGUUUUCCCCUUUUUGAAUUCUUUCUACUUUAAACAUAGCUCUUGUAAUUCCUCUAUCAGUCAGAGGUUUGCAAUUGCUAUCAUUCUUGAAUCUACUUGUAAGAUAAACAAAUGUGACUUAACAUCAACUCGAUCAUCGAACCAGUCCAAGUUUAAGAUCGUUUUGUUUUAGGCAAGAAGAUAAGUGUAUUUUACAUUGAUUUGCACUUUUUUUGGCCUUUCUCUUUUGUGUAGAUUAGUAACCAAACGAACUGUUCAAGACCUUUCGUAAUAGAUCAAUCACUCAAUCGAACUUCAAAAUUUCAAUUAUUCAUCCACCUGAUUACACUUAAUAGUGUUUUGUAGGUACCUAUAGGACCACAAAUUGUUUUCAACGAUCUUGCACUUCUUUUUAGUGUAGUUAACUUUUUAGUACUUAGUUUGUGGUCAGUGAUCUCACUUCUACAACAGCGAAAAUGACGGCAAUUGUCUUAGGAGGUGGGCUGUCUGGUAUGGCCGCAGCCAACACUGUUAUGGAGAACGGAGGUAAGGUCAUCCUCCUCGACAAGUCGGCCUUCUGUGGUGGUAACAGUACCAAAGCCACCUCGGGUAUCAACGGAGCUAACACCAAGACUCAGCGUGCUUUAGGCAUUGAGGAUUCAGUCGAAUUGUUUUCAUCCGAUUGCCUCAAGGGUGGUGCCAAGAAGCCGGAACUCGUCAAGGUAGUGUGGGAUUCCUUGUGAUUAUGCUUAUUCUACUGUGUUUUAUGAAUUUCAUCUAUGAUCAACAGUAAACGUAGCAAAAAAAGUCCAUUUUGACGUCUAGAGUGGUUCUAGAAUUUUGAGUUUUUCUCUCCUAGUAGUCAUCGUAGCGACAUCUUACCUUCGUUUCAGGUUUUGGCCCAGAACAGUGGUCCGGAUUGCGACUGGCUGAUGGAUGUCUUCGGAUUAGACUUGUCGCUCGUUGCCCGUUUGGGUGGCCACUCCGCUCCGCGUACGCAUCGUGGUAAGGAGCGCUUCCCGGGUAUGACUAUCACCUACGCUUUGAUCCAGAUGGUCGAGAAGAUCGCGGAAAAGACCAAUGGCGAGUUCGCAAAGGUGGUCACCAAGGCAAAGGCAACUAGCCUCAUCUUCGAAGCUGGCAAGGUGAUCGGAGUCAACUACGAGAAAGGUGGAUCGAUGCUGAAGGAGAUGGGACCGGUUAUCAUCGCCACCGGUGGUUUCGGUGCCGACUUUUCCCAGGACUCGCUGCUCGCCAAGUACCGCCCGGACUUGAUGCACUUGCCGACCUCUAACGGAGAACACUGCACUGGUAUUAAAUUGAAACCCGUUUACUAGCAGAAUCAAAUGAUGAUCUAGCAUCGGCUCUAUUCCUGUCAAGAACAAUCUGAACUUGGGGAUUUGAUUGCAAUUUGUUGUACUACAACGUUGAUAUGUAGAAGACGCAGAGGAAAAAGAAUUAGAGACGUUCGAAACGACCAAUUCCAACAGGUGAUGGCAUCAAGAUGGGCGAGGCCAUUGGUGCUCGCACUAUCGAUCUUGAGUGGGUGCAGGUUCACCCGACCGGUUUGGUGAACCCGAAGGACCCGGAUGCAAAGGUGAAGUUCUUGGCUGCUGAGGCGCUCCGUGGAGUAGGUGGUCUCAUCUUCGAUGCCGAAGGGAACCGUUUCGCCAACGAGUUGGGUCGUCGUGAUUACGUCACCGGCGAGAUGUGGAAGAACAAGGGACCCUUCCGUCUCUGCCUGAACAAGGUAAUGAUUGAGUCUUCCAUUCUGAUACUCAUAGGGUUAUGAUUAUGGUACGGAACAAGAAAUAUUUUCUGGAUUUUUGAGGUCAUUUUCUUACCUAAUAUGAUAUGCUUCAAACGAGAAUGACUCACUAAACUUUCUUCUCUUUCUACACCCACCUCCAGGCUGCUGCGGACGAAAUUAUCUGGCACUGCAAGCACUACACAGGUCGUGGUGUGAUGAAGUUCUACGAAUCUGGUGCUGCAUUGGCCAAGGAGCUCGGUGUGCCAGUUGAGCGCAUGGCCGCCGCGCACGAAGCUCACUACCAAGCCGGUAAGAAGCAGGAGAAGGAUCCGGAGGGAGGACCCUUCCCCGGUUACCCGACUGGUAUUACCUCCUACUGCUACUAUGUAUUACUCCAGUACGUAAUUGCUUUUGCUUUUCACACUAUUCAUUGUGAUGAAAUGAUUUUUACUUUUACUUCGUCCCCAAUUAUACGAGCAUGACAAAUCAACGAUUCGUCUCAUAAUUAGUUUGUCCUCUUUUCCCUCCAACAGGUAAGACUUGGGAUGAGCCAUCUGGAAAGACUGGAAGUGGAAAAAAGUUCUUUCACAACAUGAUUACGGGAUCCCAGUUCGCUUCUGAGCCAUUCUAUGUUGCGAUUAUCACACCGAUCAUCCACUACUGUACUUGAAACAUCCUGUUUUUGUUAGACUUUCGUCUUCGUUUGAAUUGAUUUUUGAAGGUGGAAGGAAUCAGAAACGUAGUUUGCAAAGUUCUCUGAUGUUUGUUUUUCUAGUGGUCUCAUACUCAUUCGUGUUUACAUCUGUAGCGUAUAAGCAAAAUAUGAUGAACCUUGUUGGAUGUCUUUAAUCAUGUAAGAGAGAUCUUUUUUCAACCGACCUUGUUCCCCUUGCAUACUACUCCUCACCCGACGCCGACCACUAUGCUGUCUAACGCAACAGUCGCACCUACCAUUCACAGGUAUGGGUGGUCUGGAGAUCACCACCGAAGCCGAAGUUGUCGGGGCGGGUGGCAAGCCAAUUCCUGGUCUCUUCUGCGCUGGUGAGGUCAUGGGUGGCGUCCACGGAAACAACCGUCUUGGUGGAAACUCUCUCCUCGAUUGCGUCGUGUAUGGCCGCGUUGCCGGUAAGGCUUGCGCUACCUACAUGUUCGGCAAGAACGGCCUCAAGGCGACCUCUCUCCAGACCCUCUCCGGUGGCGGCAUUUCUGGUGGUGGUACCGAGAAGAGCGCUCUUUCCGGUGGAAGCUACGAGGAUGCUCCGGGAGCACCCGCUGCAGCAAGUGGUGGUGAUGGCAAGCUGACUUUGGAAGAAGUCGCAAAGCAUACAUCCGAAGAUGACUGCUGGGUCGUGGUCAACGGUGACGUGUUGGAUGUCACGGAAUUCCUUCCGGAUCACCCGGGUGGCAAGCUCGCGAUCUUGACCUUCGCUGGUAUUGUAAAAUUUUAGUUUCAUGAAAAUGAUUUUCAUUUUGAUUAUUCUAUCCUUGGUUUCACUUUCUUCACCAAACAAUUUAGUAUUGAAAAUUCGGGGUAAAGAACCGACAUUUUUCUCCAUUUUACUUACUUCAUUGCGUAAAGAGGCAACUUCUACUACAGGUAAGGAUGCCACUGAGGAGUUCAACAUGAUCCAUCCUCCGGAUGUCAUUGAAAAGUAUGCGCCGAAGGCAGUCUUGGGGAAGCUGCAGGAAGGAGGUACUGACUUCCAUUUGUGUCAUUCUCUCUUUUUCACGAUGAAUCAGAUACCUGACAAAACAUCGCCCAUCACGUAUUCGAGUUUUACUCUGUCUCCGUAUUAUUUCAUUAUGAAUUCACGACGGCUCCCUCUCUUUAUCUUCUCUAUAUCCGAAUACCAGGUUCCUAUUGAUAUCUCCCCUCUCGCAAACAAAAGGUCCCGCUCCUGCUGCCGCUGCACCAGCUGCGGCUGUGAAGGGAGGUGCUGCCACAACCACAGUCGCAAAGGUCCCGAAGGGAGCUGCUGGUAUGACACUGGCCAACAUGGUCGAGCUCAUCUGCUGCAAGCCAUGGGGAUAUUACAAGUAGACAUCUCCUCUUCGUCUUCUACAAGAACUUGCAGAACUGGAAGUAUGGAAGUAGAAAAUUUUCGGUAGUAGUCGGAAGGAGAAUUGAAGAUGUGUGUGCGCGAACGUCUCGCUGAACUCAAAAUCCGCUAAGUUGUUUUCACCUGAGAGGUUUUGAAUGUGGUUUGGAGAAACUGAAGAUGGACCUGCAGAAAAUAACUACAAUGUUCGACCGGACGAUGGUACAGCAGCAUCUUUUUCCCACAAGACGCAGUGUAGAAGAAUUCGAAACACAAGAAAGAAAUGUCGUGAUAUAAAAGUAAGUGGUACAAUGAGAAAAAGUACUUAUGAUGGUGAAGAUGAUUGGAUGGACGAGAUGAGAUGUAAGUUGCGCUGCUCUUGAGAAUUCAAUAGAGUUCUUUCUUGAGCUAGUGCUCACCAUCUCCCGUCGUUGUGUAAUAAAAGCGAUGAAGCUCUGAACAGUUGAUGUAACGAAAGCUCACUACUUUCGAGUACGAGUUCUGAUCUAUCGAAUUAUGAUCUUAGUCCAAGUUUGAACGUCUGAUAUUUCUAGAACCCCUAACUGAAUUAGUACAAGUGAAACCAGAAUAACACCUAGGAUUUAGCAUGCAACAACUCACUUUCACAGCAAUCAAUCUAACUGUAACCUAACUCUGAUAUUCAUUGCAGGUCUUUCAACAGAGGCACAUCUGCAAUUUUCCAUAUUUUCGUUUUGAUGUAGUUUCAAUUUUUUUUUGAGGUAGGAACUUAUGGGGAUGACUGUCUCAUAUGACCGAUGCAAAAGCCUAGAAUACCCGAUUGAGACAGGAUGUAAAAGCCCCUGCUUCAUGAUUUCAAUCGGUUCGUUUCUAUAAUAUUUCCUUCCUCAUGUUGAAGGCCUGAUGAUCAUUCUAUCCUAGGCCUGUUUGUAGCAGGUAGAACGCAAUUUAUUAGAGGGACGAAUAAACGUCCUUGUCUCCGGGUAAGGCUCUAAAACUAUGUGUCCAGAAAGUCCCUGCAUCUUCUUUGUGUGUAAUUUAUACUAUUUAUUCUUCACUCGUGCAGGCAGGACUGCUGUGACGUGGCGUUCAGCCCAGACGAAGGGUAGCCGCCGUCGCCCAUUGAAUUAAACCAACUAAGCUAGAAGAUUUACAAGAUCUUCUAUGUAGUAUUGUCGAUCCUGAUUACUACCACUAUAUUACUUGCGUUUCAUCUCACUGAUCAUAAGACUACAACAUCUCAUCAGAUUUCCAUUGGAAGAUGAUAACUGACACCGCAGAGAAUCUACAAGACCGGAGCAAUCUGUGACGAGAUUGGCCGUAGAACUCGGGAGCCCGAUACUUCGGUGGCAUCUCAGCUAGCUCCUCGAGUAGUACCGGUCCGGAGUAGCCUAGCAUGAGGGCCCUCCACAUAUCAUAAUAAUUAAAAGACCACUGGAACAAGGACGAUCGUAGCAAUUUGGAAGCAAGAUGAUAACUGUGACCAAAAAUCCUGUGUAUAAUUUUUUCUUGGACUCAUCGUUCGACCUAUGAUAUCUCCUGUUUUUGUAGUUUGGAUUUUUUUUCGUUCAUAAGGGAGUGUGUGUGGAAGAAUUCACACACUCUCAUAUGUCAAUCAGCGCAUAAUUUCGACGUAAAUGAAAAGUUAUCUGUCCCUUCUUGUGUAGGCAUGUUUUUUCGCAUCUCCGUGCUUGGUUGCCUGGAUAUUUCUAUCCUGGAGAAGAUUUUUCAAAAAUUUCAACUAGGCCAGAUAAUCAAGCACAUUCAUAAGCAUGCAUGCAUCAAUUUUAGAAAUUAUGUUAGAUCCCCUGUAGAAAGGAGUAUAGCUGCUGCAAUCAAUAUAGCGAUCGAUUGAGAUGAUCGCGCCGUGUCAAGCAUUGUGUUACAGGCGUGUGCGCGAGAAAAAACUGUCCGACAAUCAUAGAAAAACCGAGUUGGAGGUUCCAUGCGGAUCGUUCGGCGGAUAAAAGGAAUAUGGAACUCUUCAACGGAAAAUUUUCCGUCUAGCGGUGGAGUGGUGGCGAUGGAUAACUCGACUCCAUCGGCUUGCUAACAUGGUGG